AUGCUGCCAUUUCAACUCGUACUCUGCUUCUCGAGCUUUUUAGCCAUAGCCGCAGCACCGGCUUCGCAAUUCUCCACCAACGGAUUGCCACUUGUGCGAAAUAUCAGUGAGCUUCCUCAGGAUAAUUAUGGGAGGGCAGGUCUUUCCCAUAUAACUGUUGCUGGUUCUGUCCAGCAUGGGAUGAACGAGGUUGAAGUAUGGCUUCAAACAUUUGCUCCAGGCUCAAGCACUCCCAUACACAGGCACUCAUGUGAAGAGGUGUUUGUUGUUCUUAAAGGAAGUGGCAAACUUUAUAUUGCUUCUAACUCACACCAGAAGCAUCCUGGGCACCCACAGGAGCAUUUGAUCUUUCCUAACAGCACAUUCCAUAUUCCGGUGAAUGAUGCACAUCAGGUCUCGAAUACAAAUGAACACGAGGAUUUGCAAGUGCUCGUCAUAAUAUCUCGUCCACCAGUGAAAGUGUUCAUAUACGAAGAUUGGUUCAUGCCACAUACUGCAGCAAGGCUGAAGUUCCCCUACUAUUGGGAUGAACUUCCAGCACCGGCAAAAGAUGAGCUCUAG